GGUAAGGGCGGGGGGCGGGGAAGUGACUAGUCCCCGAGAGCUGCCAGUGAACAAUUCUGGGAAAGAGCGGGCGAGGGGGAGCGCGAGGCAGAGGGGGAGCAUGUGCGCUGAGGAAUAGCUGUGGACCUUCCAGUCACUGCGAACUGCCCUGUCGUGUGUGUGUGUGUGUGCGUGUGCGUGUGCCCGCGAGUGAGAGGAAGAGGGAGGGGAGGGAGUGGAGAGGGUGGGGGGAGAGAUAAGAGAGAGAGAGGGAGAGAGGAGGAAAAAGGAGAGAGGAGAAGGAAGGAAGGAACAACAAGGAAGAAAGGGACUAUACAACCAUGCUGUGCUGUAUGAGAAGAACAAAACAGGUUGAAAAAAACGAUGACAUUGACCAAAAGAUCGAACAAGAUGGCAUCAAACCAGAAGAUAAAGCUCACAAGGCAGCCACCAAAAUUCAGGCUAGCUUCCGUGGACACAUAACAAGGAAAAAGCUUAAGGGGGAGAAGAAGGGAGAUGCCCAAACUAAUGAUGCUGAAGCUGGUGAGAAGAAGGAGGAACUCCUCGCUAAUGGUGUGGCUGAUGGCAAAGCUGCUAUUACAGACGUGGCUCCAUCUGAGAAUGCCCAGCCUGCAGGAGGCAACAAAGAGGGAGGCAUCCCAGCAGAGGAGAAGCAGGGGGAGGCCAAAGCUGACACUGGUUCAGAACAACCUGCCCCAAAGGCUACAGCUCCCGCUGCCCCGUCGGAGGAAAAACCCUCCCCUGCCGCCGCUGAAACGGAAAGUGCCACUAAAGCUUCCACUGAUAACUCACCAUCCUUGAAGGCCGAUGAAACCCCAGUCAAGGAGGAACCUAAACAAGCCGAUGUGCCUGCCACUGUCACCACUGCCGUUAGCCCCACUGCUGCAGAGGAUGCUACUGCCAAGGCAACAGUGCAACCCCAAACAGACACGGCAGAGAGUAGCCAAACCGAAGAGAAGACAGAUGCUGUAGAAGAAACCAAACCUUCUGAAAGUGCCCAGCAGGAAGAAGCAAAAGAAGACGAGAGCAAGGCGGACCAAGAAAAUGCCUGAACAUUAAGAAAUGACUCCCCGUUGCCCCUCCCUCCCUCCCCUUUCCUGUAUCUUUCCUCCCUUCCUUGUUCCCAUCUGACCCGCUCCCACUCACACCUGUGAGUCUGUCUGUCCUCCUUGUCCUCUCCUCCCUCCCACAAUCCUUUUUCUCUCUGUGGCAAACAUUUAAAGAAAAAAAAAAAGCAGGAAAAAUCCCAGUCAAACAGUGUGGCUUAAACAUUUUGUUUCUUGGUGUUGUUAUGGCGAGUUUUUUGGUAAUGAUGAUCCAAUCAUUUUGGGAAAAUUCUUGCACUGUAUCAGAAUUCUUUGGUCUGCGCGUGCGUGUGUUUGUCUGCCCACCACGAAUGCGCUCUCUCUCUUUUUCCCUCUCUCUCUCUCUGUUCCAAGUGUGUGUGCAAUGUUACGUUCAUCUGAGGAGUCCAAACCUAUUGAGUGAGUUAAGAAAAAAAAAGAACAAAGAUUUUUUCUUUUCUCCCCUUUUCAAUGUGAUGAUGGAAUGAACUAAAUGAGACAAAACAAACAAAGAAAAACAGAAUGAAAAAAUACAACCCCAGUUUGUUUUAAAAAAAUAAAGCAAAUGUGCCAAUUAGC